GUCUGUUGAAGGAUGACAAGCAUUUCUAGCUCCGAUGCACGAUCAAGAUGGCUGUGGAGAUCCGCAAGCAGCCGCUUCGAGGCGUCAACACCUAAAUGUAUGUAACCAUGACGUUUUGAUUUAUUGCGACAAUUAGCGGCACGGAAUGAUUAUUGCCCUCAGUCUUUCGCCGACGCGUCUAUGACAAUGAGAACGUACAUCUUCGUUCAUUAAAAGAUUCCGGUCUCAUCUCGAUUGAUUUUUGUUCUCUCCAGGUUCAUCGAGUAUCGUGUAACAUAUCUUAUCUUGCAUAAGCCGAGAUCCACUGCAUUGAUCAUCCAGGAACCGCUGAUAAAGACAUCAUUGUGACGUCAAUCCCGAAUUUCUGAGAACUCGACAGUCGCGUCGCGGUCGCGCUUCAAUGAAUCGCGAAGAUGUCAACAUCUCGUACGCGGAGCGAGAGAGCAGUCCGGUCAGGUUUCAUGAUUAUGAUCCGAAUGACACUGUGAGCAAGAAGUACCAGGAUCUACACCAGAGACAAGCCGAAGAGGAACAAGCUGCCGAUCGCGAGGAGGCCGAAGAAGUCGAACGCAAUGGCUCGGUCUCAUCGGCCUCUACAGCCGACGAUGGACAAUCGAAUCGUCGCGGACGACCAGAUCAUGUUUCGCGGACGACCACGCAAAGUUCGGGCAGAAUGGAGGAAAUGGUCAUGAAUUAUCUGGACCGCCAUCCGACCGCCGCUAAGCGCAUUCAUGACCAUCGAUUACAGCAUUCCAGGACUGUAGGCAGCAUGAAGGCUGCUGUUGCCAAGGGAGAGCUUCCCCCGUUUGGUGAUGGCAAGCCUUACCCUCCUCCUCUUCCCGACAAGGACGAGUAUGUUGUGGAGUUUGAUGGUGAUGAUGACCCAAUGCAUCCGCAAAAUUGGCCCAGAGUAACGAAGCUGUACAUCAGCGCCAUCCUCAUAUUCAACGCGUUCAAUGCUAGUUUCGCGAGUGCCAUCUUCAGUGCCGCAUCCCCAUUCAUCGGACAAGAGUUUGGCACCAGUCGAGAAGUCUUGGUUUUGGGAACGUCUCUCUACUUGCUCGGGUAUGCCUUCGGACCGAUCAUCUUCGCUCCGAUAUCCGAAUUAUAUGGACGACGAAUCCCUAUCAUAGGCUCCGCGUUUGCUUUCGGCGUUUUCAACAUUGGCGUAGCCAUCGCUAAGGACAUACAAACUGUCAUGGUGUGUCGCUUCUUUGUCGGGCUCGCUGGUAGUUGCCCGUUGACAAUUGUCGCCGCUAUUUUCACCGAUCUGUACAGCAAUCAUUUUCGUGGAGCCGCCGUGGCCACCUUUGGCGCCACAGUCAUUUGUGGACCUCUGUUGGCGCCUUCCCUUGGAGGCUUCAUCGCCAAGUCAUACCUCGGAUGGCGAUUCACAGCCUACAUCCCAGCGUUCCUAGGCUUCGCCGCCGCAACUCUGGCACUCCUCUUUCAAAAGGAAACAUAUGGACCUGUGAUCCUUGUCAGCAAAGCAGCUGACCUCCGCCGUCGAACACAGAACUGGGGAAUCCGCGCACGUCAAGAGGAAGUCGAGGUUGACUUCAAAGAGCUCGUUUCGCAAAAUCUGUCACGCCCUCUCAGGAUCUUAUUCACGGAGCCGAUCGUUCUCCUUGUGACGCUUUAUUCUUCGUUUCUGUACGCGCUGCUCUACACAAGUCUGACGGCAUUUCAACUGGUGUUUGCCGGGGUUCACGGUUUCGGUCCUGGUAACGACGGCCUACCUUACUACGGCGUCUUGAUAGGUGCAUUGAUGGGCUAUGGACUGCUCCUUCUCGACGUGCCGCGAUAUGCAAAGAGACUGACGGCGAAUGACAACGUACCGGUGCCAGAAUGGAGACUACCGCCUAUGAUGGUGGGUGGCAUUGUGUUCGCAAUCGGUUUGUUCGGUUUCGGUUGGAGCGGACAGUACAACACUGUCCACUGGAUCGUUCCCACAGUCUUCGGUGGGCUGAUAGGUUUCGGUAUUUACCUGACCUUCCUCAAUUCGUUGAACUACAUCAUCGAUGCGUACCUUGCCUUCGCCGCAUCUGCGAUCGCCGCAAACACCAUCAUGCGAAGUCUUCUUGCUGCGGCGUUUCCGCUAUUCGCCAGCUACAUGUUCCAGGGCAUCGGAAUCAAUUGGGGCAUGACACUACUCGGAUGUAUUGCGGUGUUGUUCAUCCCCUCACCAUUCUUGUUCUACCGCUACGGAAAGAAGAUCCGCGCCAAAUCCAAGUUUGCCCCAGCAAUCGACGUCGAGAAGGAUGAGAAGGAAGAAGGCAAGGGUUCGGGAGAUGAGGAGGCCGGCGAGAGUGGCUCCAACGAGAAGAAGGAGGAGUAAACGACUUGGCGAUGAAGUAAAAGCAUAUGAAAGCGGUUGCAUCGAGGACGGAGUCACAAUACAAAUUUUUAUGAUACACUAAUGUCUUUGGAAGUACAUAAUACAAUAC